GCAGUUUGGAGCGGUUCGUGGUGCCGUCCGCGUGCCAGGUUGUUGGUUGUCGUGUGUGGUGAAGCGUGUGCUCACUUGGCAAACUCGCAAGCGCUUGUGUUGCACCAUUAGCAUUGUGCAACAGGAAGUUAUAGUGCAGUGUAUUAAAGGAUGUUUUUAUUUAAGAAUCAUUUAUUGAGAGUUAAAAACGCUUACAACCCACUGUGAUAUGAAAAAUAUACAAAUGCAAUGUCCUCUUAUCAUCCUCGCUGUAUCAUGUGUGGCUACAGGACAAGCGCCUUUGCCCCUCCUGACGAGGCUGCUCCAACCCACACUCUUCACUACCGCCUCCACCCCGCCACAUGUGGACUUUCACGGCACACUCAAGUUAACUCCACCGCCUCCUCCAGUGCCGCCUGAAUUUGAGCCAUCACCUAAGUUCAUUCUCCCUACCACUCGUAGUACUGAAUCGCGCAGCCUCAAGCCAGCAUCACUCACUGGGUUCAAUGUAACUACCUUCACAGAGGCUCCAACUUCCUCACUCCUUCAUUCUCCCACCACCAUCAAAUUCACGCUGGACGAUGUUUCGGCAUACUUCCACCCUCAGCUUAUCCCUCCACUGGGCAAUAUAAAACUACCAGAGGGCUCACUCAGUCAUGACUCUCCUGCUCAUUUACCGGAGUCCCCAUCUAAAGAAGUGAGAGAAGAGAGCAGUGAAGGGGACAGUGUCUUCUUAGCUACAGUGAUCGAUGAAGACCCUGCACAGUAUCAGUGGAUAGUGGGGUCGGGAGAGCAGGAUCCAUCAAUGCCAGACACGCAGCAGAUAAACGACUCCAAGACUGGAGAGGGAGAUGGCUUUGAGGAUCCAGUCGUCGUAAGCACUGAAAGUGCAGACACAGUUUUCCUUCCGUCGUUUUCCUUCCCCCUCUUUACAGAACCCACAGAGGAGCUCGCCACGCAGAACCCGGUGGAGGCAGAGAGAUUGGUGGCCGCCGCCUCUAACUUGCAGUCUGAGCCUCUGCAACUCGCGGAGUCGACUUUUAAUUUUUUUGCUGUAAAGCCGGUUAAGAGUAAAAUUGAAGAUGAUUCUGAGAGCAAAACAUCUUUCCAGGGAAUAAAGACUAAUAGACCCUUGAGCAAGACUCCCGUCCCUCAGAUUGUUGACUUGGGAGAGGAGACAGAAAACUCAACAGAGAGACUGAGUGAGUCACAGUCAGCGAGAAGAGUUCUACAAUUUGACCAAGAAUUUCUCACUCUCUUAAAACGUUAUCAUGAGCAAGAUAAGGAAACGAACAAAACUAUUCCAUCCUCUCCUGAUGCCAAACCUUUCUGGCUUGACGGGGAUGCAGUAAACAAGGCAGACUUGGCAGAACGCCUCAAGAGUGUGCUGCCUACUCCUCUUUUCUCCACUUCACAACCUUCUCAGGCUCCCAGCACGAAGACAGAUGUGAUAGAAAAGCUUCAGAGCGAGCUUUCCACUACAUUUUUUUCCUCAUUUAAGACCUCCCAAGCACCCAAAACAAAGACAGACCUGACAGAACGCCUUAAGAGUGAGCUGACUACCACACUGUUCUCCACUUUCAAGCCCUCCCAGGCACCUAAGACGGAUAAAAGUUCUGGCGGGGUUUUCACUACGUCCCUGCGAGGCCUCAUAUCAACGUCAGCUAGUGAUGUAGAGUUAGAAGCAACGGAUAAAACCUCCGAAGGUCCCAAGGUGGUUCCGGUCGGGGAGGUGGGCGAGCUGCUGCACGAGGAACAGGAAGCAGGGCAGGAUUCAGAGGCGCCUCUCUCCGCCGCCUUCAAACACGGCGUCCAAAGCAUCAACGUGAGCGCUUGGGUGUCCGGCUGCCCCAAACUGUACGGGAAAGUGAAACUGAACUGCGCUGUGCACCAUGACUCCCCCAUCAAGGCUGCCAUGACUCUGAGAUGGAAGAAGAAGACCUUUGCUGAGGGGCACGUGGCGGAGCAAGUGAUCAGCGAAAACAACCUGUUGAUGAUGGAAGACCCUCGCCUGUCCCUGGACCGUCACGCGGGGCACUACAACCUGGGUAUCAAGGACUUCCGUGCCAAGGACUGCGGCAGCUACGAGUGUGAGGUUCGGGCGGCAGAUACCCUCGCGGCGUCUCAGCUGUUGCUCUUCACCUGCCACUGAGAUAAUGCUAGGCAAUGCAUGCUGUAUACUCGCUGUAGGUUAAGCUGAUCUAUACAAGCCAUUUCUUCCGACUCGCAGGCUUGUGUUUUGAAACGUCUUGCUUCUCAGUACGACUAUUUCUAUAUGUUACAGAGAUAAUCAACCGGAUUCUCAAGAAUGUUUUUUCCUGUGAAUAAUACAGAAAUCUUGUUAAUCCGUCACCAUUACUGUUUCCACAACUAGUAACUGCUGCUUGGAAUUUCUUAAAAGUACGUCUCUUGUUCCUUGCAUGCAAUGAAAGGUUCCUGCAAAGGACUGAUGUAGAGGGCUGAAAAUCUAUAUAAAGAUUUUAAUUUUUGUUACCAUUAAUCAAGAGAAUUGCAAAAAUGUUGUAGCUGUCUUUUUCUGCUAUUCAUUCGUUUCUGGUUUUUUGCUUCUUCGAUCGCGUAUUGGGCAAAAUAAACUGUAUACAUAUUACAUAUAUCCUGUAAAAAUAACAGCAAUGAUGAUAGUAGUGGUGAUAAAACUAAUAGUAACAACAACAAUAAUUAUGCGGUAGUAGUAGUAGUAGUAGUAGUAGUAGUAGUAGUAGUAGUAGUAGUAGUAGUAGUA